AGCCAUCAAAUUUAGGCUGUGCCUACUACUUACCCACAGGGUCAGCAGCGCCGUAAUCCUAUGGAUUUCUCUUCCCAGUGAAUUUGGUAUAAAAAUGCAUCCAGCGUGCUGGAUUUAACAACUGUGUGAUUAAUCUGGUAAUAACACAGGUUCCAAACACCUCGUACAUUCAACUAACUAGUGGUUAUAACAGUCAUGCGGUAAGCCUUGACAUUUCAACAACAAAAACAAACACUAACAAAAACCGAGUCUUGAGCAGCAGAGGCCAGAAUCAUCCACAGCAAGAUCCAGUCUUGGUGAGCCUGUAGCACUGUGUUUCAGGCAGAGAUAUAUCGAGGGAUUCGAAAGAGCUACUUGGGUUUAAAAAUGGUGAAGAUCUGCUGCAUUGGGGCAGGGUAUGUGGGGGGGCCGACAAUGGCCAUGAUAGCGCUGAAAUGCCCAGAGAUUGAAGUGGUGGUGGUGGAUAUAUCAGUGGCGCGCAUAACGGCGUGGAACAGUGACCGCCUCCCGAUAUUCGAACCCGGGCUGGAUGAUGUGGUGAAGGCCUGCCGUGGCCGCAACCUCUUCUUCAGCUCCGAGGUCGAGAAGCACGUCGCUGAAGCUGAGAUCGUCUUCGUCUCCGUCAAUACGCCCACUAAAACCCGCGGCUUGGGCGCCGGCAAGGCCGCGGAUUUGACCUACUGGGAGUCGGCUGCGCGGAUGAUUGCUGAUGUCUCCAAGUCUGAUAAGAUCGUUGUUGAGAAAUCCACCGUUCCGGUUAAGACAGCGGAGGCGAUUGAAAAGAUUUUGACGCACAACAACAAGGGGAUUCACUUUCAGAUCCUGUCGAAUCCAGAGUUUCUUGCAGAGGGGACUGCCAUAGAGGACCUGAUGCGGCCAGAUAGAGUCCUUAUCGGGGGCCGUGAAACUGCUGAGGGGCAGAAGGCUGUUUCGGCUCUUGCAGCAGUUUAUGCCCACUGGAUCCCCCAAGACCGCAUCAUUACCAUGAAUCUCUGGUCUGCUGAGCUGUCAAAGCUGGCAGCUAAUGCCUUCCUGGCUCAGCGGAUCUCAUCUGUUAAUGCUAUGUCAGCUCUCUGUGAGACCACUGGUGCUGAUGUGUCAGAGGUUGCAUAUGCUGUGGGCAAAGACUCACGCAUAGGCCCCAGAUUCUUGAAUGCCAGUGUGGGUUUUGGUGGAUCCUGCUUUCAGAAAGAUAUUUUGAACCUGGUAUACAUCUGUGAGUGCAAUGGCCUGGCAGAGGUUGCACACUACUGGAAACAGGUUGUGCACAUCAAUGACUACCAGAAAUCUAGAUUUGUGAACAGGGUGGUUUCGUCCAUGUUCAAUACUGUUUCUGGCAAGAAGAUAGCAAUUUUGGGAUUUGCCUUCAAGAAGGACACAGGAGACACAAGAGAAACUGCUGCCAUCGAUGUGUGCCAUGGCUUAUUGGGUGACAAGGCACAGUUGAGCAUAUAUGAUCCACAAGUGACAGAAGACCAGAUCAGGAGGGACUUAGCCAUGAACAAGUUUGAUUGGGAUCACCCACAGCAUCUGGUCCCCAGCAGCCCCACUGCCUCUAAGCAGGUGAAGGUGGUUUGGGAUGCAUAUGAAGCUACUAGGAAUGCCCAUGGUAUCUGCAUCUUGACUGAGUGGGAUGAAUUCAAGAGUUUGGAUUAUAGUAAGAUCUAUGAGAACAUGGAGAAGCCUGCUUUUGUGUUUGAUGGGCGCAAUGUGGUUAAUGCUGAGGAGCUGAGGAAGAUUGGGUUUAUCGUGUACUCUGUUGGGAAGCCCCUGGAUCCAUGGAUCAAGGAUCUCCCAGCUGCUGCACCCUCAAUUUAGAAAGAUUCAGAGGGCUAAUUGUUGGUUAACCUAGUUUAGAUUCCUACAAAUUGUGCUGAAUCUCCUGUUGUAUUUCAAUUCUUGCUUCUUGGUUAGAUUUUCUAUUCUGUGGCAUAUGGUUAAGUUUUCAUCUGCUUCAUCUAAUAAGUUUGGGGUUACAUGAGCCACAAGCUAUACCAGUACAAAAUUAGAACUAAAUCUUUGGCUAUGAAGUAUCUGCUGAGAGGUAUUUGUCAUAUCAUGGCAAGAGGCAAUGUUCAUCAAGAACCAGAGCAUUUUCUUUGGCUUAAAGUAUUUGCUGAAGAAUGAGGAAAUUCUAAAUUGGAAACUGCUGGACCGCUAGUUGUGACAUGGGUGACUUUGGACAUAAAAUCCUCAUAUGUAUAAAGAAGUGGUUUUCUCAAAGUCAAAGAAACGUUAUGAUUUUUCCCUUUUGAUUAAGGGGAGAGGCAAUACUAAUGAAGAGUUGGAGCAGUUUCUUUUGUAUCGCAUUGCUAUUUUGUAACUUUCAUGGGCCUUAUUGCUCCAAUUGUUGAAUUUGAGGCGUGUCAGUUGAAAUCUGAUUUAUCUUUUCA